AUGUCUGACAUAGUCAAGGCCAUGCAGUUCAAUAUAAUCUUCAUCGCCAUUGGCCUCCUGACAGCCACCUCAUCCGCACGUCGCACAAAGACCAGCUAUACAGCCACCGCGGCGGUCAUUAUGACUAGGCAUGUCUGUGCGGAUUUGCAAACUGCCUUGGAGUCUGAACUCUUGGUCACAUACAGGCCUACGGUCAAAGUCCCUGACGAGACCAAAAGCUUCUCGGGCUACAUGACUCCAGGAGCACAUGCAAUGCUGAUGUCUUGCUUUCCAAAGUCUCUGGUUCUUGUAAGAGCCUCAACAUGUUCCGCAUGA